GUCAGUGCGCGAGUCGCUUUUUCGCGCUUCGGGAAAAGUAUAAUAUUAUACGCAAGCACACGUAAACAGUGCGCGACUGCCGUACAGCGGUGACGGUUUCAGGGAUUUUUUUGUUAUAGACAUAUUAUUAUUAUAUAUAAUAUCGUAGUAUUAUGAUUGUCUAGAACUUUCAUCCAUUCGCCCCAUCGGUUCAAUUUAUUGGUUUUUGAGUUUUUGCGAUUAGUUUUUUUCGGAUUUCAUCCCGAGUGCCGGCAGUUGUGUCUUGUGUUUAUUUCCGUGCUCGCGUCAUCCCCGCGAGCGAUUCCAAACAUCGUUACUGUCAUUUUAGAUCGUUUUCGUCAGUGUGUAAUUUUAUCCGUUUUCUCGUUCUGCCGAAAUCUUUGCAGUGUGACAUUUCGAAACAACGGUAAAUUUAUACCAACUCGUCGAUACCGGGAAUAAAAAUUCUGAUUCGCAGCAGUAUUUUAUCAGGUAGGCAAUCUACCUGCGGUAGAUCGCGGACCCCGUGCUGUUUGUACGAUUCCUAGUGCGAUGGUGGUUUGAAUAAUGUAUCAGUCGUAUUGCAUUUUUGAGUAUGCUGUUUGAAGAAACUUUAAGAAACAACACCUUCUAUAGCGACAACAUUAGCGACGGCAACAAUUACAGUCGACACGAUGACCCGUGGGGCCCGAGGAGAGAUCCGCUACCGGUCGUCGUGCCCGUGACGCUCAUCUACACUCUGAUAUUUGCCACGGGGAUCGUGGGCAACGUGAGCACGUGCAUAGUGAUCGCCCGAAACAAGUACAUGCACACGGCCACCAAUUACUAUCUGUUCAGUCUUGCCGUGUCCGACCUGCUGCUGCUGUUGUCCGGAUUGCCGCAGGAGAUUUACCAAACAUGGUCCAGGUAUCCAUAUGUGUUUGGAGAGAUGUUUUGCAUAAUCAGAGGGUUUGCAGCGGAGACGUCGACGAAUGCUACUGUUUUGACGAUUACAGCGUUUACCAUUGAAAGAUAUGUUGCAAUUUGUCAUCCGUUUAUAUCACACACAGAAUCCAGUCUGCCGAGAGCAUUUAAAUACAUAUUAAUCAUUUGGGUCAUAGCGUUGACACUUGCUUUUCCUCAGGCCAUACAGAUGGGACUCGUGUACGGUCGCGAACAGGACGGCACGAUCAUACCAGAGCUGUCCACGUGUGGGCUGGCCAACAAGCUGCCGUACUCGUUCGAACUGUCUUCGGUACUAUUCUUCCUGGCUCCGUGGACCCUCAUCGUCGUCCUGUACAUACUCAUUGGCCUCAAGCUGUACAAAUCCAAGCGCGACUCGUCCAGGACAACGUGCUCGGCCCACUGCCGGCACACCGCAUGCCUGAGCUCCACCAACACCAGAGCCACCGGGCGUGUAGUAAAAAUGCUUGUUGUCGUGGUGGUGGCCUUUUUUGUCUGCUGGGCGCCGUUUCAAGCGCAAAGGCUGGUUGCCAUCUACGGAGACGUUAAUCACGAGGAUCAUUCGAGCACUUCGAUAAUCGAUGCAAACGUCUAUCAGGUGCUGAACUACGUAUCGGGAAUCUUGUACUACUUGUCGGCCACUAUCAACCCACUUCUUUACAAUCUCAUGUCGUACAAAUUCCGGACUGCUUUCAAAGAAACUUGGAGAUCUUGCAAAGGGGCCAGUGGGAUAAGUCCAGAUCACGGCAUGCCCACCUUGGACUACAAAUGGCAGAGACACCACAGCCAUAGCAGAAGCUUCAGCAGUAGUCAUUUUGACGAGGUGAAUUCGAUGAAACGACUGAUGGCCAACAAGUCCUGGCAACCCACGAUCGUAGCAAUAAACGAGACCGGUGACACAGGUACGUCGUCGGCCGUGGAUAAGUCACUGCGGUAUCCACGCAAAAUGAUCUUCAGCAAACAAGACGCAAUCAAAGAAAACGGCACGGCAAUGCUGGAAAACGGAAUUACUGUUGGCGUGUUGACCAAUAACAACAGGACAACCACGAUGCUGAUGACGCCGAAUUAAAUUUAGUGUUCCUACUUAGCGUUACCUGCCCAGGAUGUCAUAACCAGAAAUGCUCAUGAAAGAUAUUAAAACCAGAGAUUGGUACUUGUUUGUUAGUGGAGGCCAUAGUAAAUCCCAUUUCCAUAUACGACCGCGUCUCCACACUUUAAUUUAUUUCCUCUGUUAGGUUAUUAUAUUAUGUUAAGGAAAUUUGCAUUUCCCGCCGGAUCGACGAUGUGUAUAAACACACUUGGAUUCCUAAUUAAUUCCAUGCGGAGGACAAUAAGAGAAAUACAGAUUAGGUAUAAAAAUAAGAAACACAAUAAUUAUAGUACACUCGUGUAGUGGCUCUAAUAGAGUUCAUCAUUUUUUUGAAUGAGGAGUAUUUCAAAAUAAAUAACUCAGUCAUAAUAUUAUUCUACUGCAUUUUUUUAUUUAAAAUCCUCCGUAAGACAUUUAAGAAAGUAAAAUAAAAGCUAUGGAUUUGUCACAUUUCCAAUUGUACCAGACAAACACUUCUAUCCCCUGAAUAUGCAUUAAAUCCUCGCUUUUGUGUGUAUACAGCACGUUUUAUAUUGUAAAUAACAUAUUUAGAUUAUUUCCGUUUCUCGUAGCAAGUUCAUAAAACAUUUUAACAAACAAAAUUAAAAUAAAUCUUCUUAUUGUGGUUACUUGUUAACCGCGGCGAUCACUUCUAUUUCGACUUUGGCGUCCUAUAAAAAUGAACAUACAAAAAGAUUUAUCAUCACAUAAUUUAAUAGCCCGAGUGACACGAAUAUAAUUUGGUUAUUUUAUUGACCUCCGAAAAGAAAGAAGCCACAAGUGUUUUCACAUAAAUAGUGACAGAAAAAAAAAACACGAACUAUAAUUUAUCACAUCAAUGGUGUCUUAAAGUUAGUUUUGUUUAAUACUUACUAAAGGCAAUUUGGCCACUUGAAACAUUGCUCUAGCCGGAUAUGGCGGCACAAAAACUGUUAAAUAGAAAAUAAAGAGACAAAUUAUUGUUUUUAAUCAGUACUUAGUGCUAUCUAUUUUGAAAUUCAAAUGAGCCCGCAUAAUUACAUUGCUUGUAAAUCUCGUUCACCGUCGGGCCGUCUUUUAUGUCAGCUAACAGAACCGUGGUCUUAACGACUGAAAAUAAUAAAAAUAUAUACACUUAUAAGAAUUAUCCAAACAUGUUACCGCCGAAAUAAAGGGGUCUCUUUUCGUUUUAUUACGUAAUCACAAGGAUGACUGUAUCCGAGAUAAAUAAAAUAUUCACCCUUUAUAAUAUUUAAACAAAUUAUUUUUUUUUUUUUUUUUAAAUGUAACUUAUUAUUAUUAUUUUUGUGUUAUUGUAUACCUAAGUGUAUUGAGUAAUUUAUAAAUAAAAAAAAAUUAUUUGAC